AUUGUUAGAUUUACAGCGCGAUAAUUUACUUAGGCUUUAGUCAUUGUUGAAACGACACGACACGUACCGUGUAAUGGCUGUUUGAUAAUACCUUGAAACAUGCUAGAAUAUACAAACAGAAUUGGCAAAACGUGUAACGAUUCUGUGUAUCGAAGUCAUCACGAGGGGCUAAGUUAUUGAAUUCUUUUAAUUUCAUGCAUAAAGAGUAUCGUUGUGUCUAUAUUUCUAUGUACUUACGGAAAGAUCACUGUUUUGGGCAAGCUGAGCAUAGGCGGUGAUAUUUAAGGCUUGGUGCUGAAAUUUGUAAUUCAGAAGCUUUCUUCGGUUUCCACGACGGUGUCAAACAGACAAGUUUUGCGAAACAUCUUUCCACCGUGUGUUUGCGUCACUGAAUACAGCCGCGGAACAAAUAACUUAUCCUAUUGAUUUGGAGGUACAAAGUAUACGCUGCCGGUCGAAUUUUCAUAUAAGGACGGAAUACGCGUAAACAAGUUGAAAACAGGAAAGGAACUUGUCUAAAAGUUUCGCAAAAGUCGAAUAGAGUCACACAGGCACGGUGCAGUGCGAAACAUUUGGCUGAUUUGUGGCUUUCCGGUUAGAAAUCUUGUGAAAUCAGAAGACUGAGAUCAGAUCAAGUCAAGAUAGCAGGGCGUACAGAAAGGUAUAACAUUUCUUUUAUCGUUCCUCAGCUACCCACGAUGACCGUCCAGAGCUUCACAACAACCAAUGUAUCUGAUUCAAAUAAUGGAACCCAAUCCCAUAAUGAGGUGCGCCAACAAAUAGUAUUCUUCGAACUCUUCUGCUAUUCGAUCAUCAUCCUUGUUGGAGUCAUCGCAAAUGUAGUCAUAAUAAGAAAAUUGCUGAAUCGAAAGCGGAAAUCGAGUGAAUAUUUCAUCCUAAAUCUGGCGAUAACUGACCUUGUAGUGUGUUCACUGUGUAUACCACUGGACAUUUAUGAUGCACUUCGAAAGGGUUGGCAGUACGGUGCAUUCUUGUGUAAAAUAAUUUGGCCAUUUCAAACGCUUUUUACAUUAAUCUCAAUCCUAACUUUAACCGCAAUGGCGAUUGAACGUUAUCGCGCUAUAAUUUCUCCAUUCAAGCCUCGGUUAACCCAUAGGGACCUACUCAAAGCGAUAGCGUGCAUAUGGUUGCUUGGAUUAUGUGUAAUUGCACCUUAUAUAUUCUACUUGCAAUACGAUGGAGUUGAUUGUAUUGAGUCUUGGCCGCAUGAGAUGAGUGGGGCUUAUUACACACUUUCGCUGCUUGUUAUUGACUACUGCAUCCCCCUGACUAUUAUAACAUUUUGCUACGGCAGAGCGGGAUAUAAACUUUACGUGAACACGAAAGAGUUCGAAGCAGUGAACGCACAUGUGGAGAAUCACGCACAACGCACUCGCUUGGCACGGAACACGCGGAUUAUUAAAAUUUUUAGUUUCGCCGUAUUGGUGUUCCUGAUCUGUAUGCUGCCCGGAGACAUUUACUGGAUGUGGAAAGGUUUUGGCUCUGGGUCGGAAUUUAAGUACGAACAGAAUUUCAAGACUUUAUCAAGCAUAAUGAUAUACAGUAAUAGUUGUUUCAAUCCAUUUAUUUUUGGUGCUUGCAAUUUUGGAUGCUUCAAAGGGCGAUAUCCAUGGUCGGCACGGCGGAAGUUAAAGUUAGAGAGAUUAGUUAGUGUGAAUAGUUUGUCUGCAUCAGGUAGUGGAAGAAGGGAGAAGAAUGUGUCACAUGAUCAUGAAACACAACAGAUCGAUUUUAAAGAACUUGAGAAGCUCAGAGAAACUGAUAUAUAGAAGCUGGUUGCUUGAAGACUGGGAAAAAGAAAAAUGAUAACUAUGGUGACUCUUAAAGAUAGCUUGAUAGUUUUUCGCGAAUUAAAUGAAUGUUCACGCUCACAGUGUAUACUCUUGUAAAGUAUUGAAUUUU